CGGAGUGGGUGUGUCGGCAGAGCACGGGGGACAGGUUUCAGAUCUGGGGGUGAACCCUUGAAACAACGACUUUUACUUGAAAAUCAGCGCUCUGGGAUUGCUUACGGAUCCGUCUCUCGUGCAAUGUGCUUCGCUCAAGAGACCACUUUAAACUGAAGUACUUUCUCUAUGAGUUCCACAAGAGUUCUUCAUCUGCUCACUCCCCCAAUGCCGGGUCCAGUUAUGCCGGUAGACGUGGCUGUGCAGCUGUACAUCACCCAUUCUCCCCCACUGCGCAGCUUCCUGAGCUCUUAUGAAGACUACAGGACAUGCAACCUGGUCAACACCUGCUACAAACCCCUUCGGCCCUGCUUGAGCUCCAGAGCCCACCUGGAGCCCCCUCAUCUAGACUGGCAGACCUCAAAAUCCAAAGCCAAGAAGAAGGUUGUGUUUGCCGACUCAAAGGGUAUGUCACUAACCGCGGUGCAUGUCUUCUCAACUUUCGACAACCGAGAACCUAUAACAUCUGAACUGCAGUUUGACCUAGAAGACCUAGAGGACAUCACAGCGCUCUCCACUCUCCAUAUAAAUUCGGUCCAGAGCAGAAUUCUAGACUUUCCACAGCCAGCAGCAGACUACCUAGAUUUUCGUAGUCGGUUGCUUAAGAACUUGGUUUGUUUGGAGAACUGUACCCUACAGGAGCGAGCCCUCACCGGCACCAUCAAAGUGCGCAACCUGGCCUACGAGAAGUCAGUUCACGUGCGAAUCACUUUCGACACCUGGAAGACCUUCCAGGAUGUGGAAUGCACAUUCAUGAAUAAUGUCUACGGUUGUCAGGAUACAGACAUAUUCUCAUUUGCCAUCGAACUGCCAGGGUAUGUGCCCCCUCAGAAUAAGGUCGAAUUUUGCAUUAGCUACAAAACUGGAGAACAGAUCUACUGGGACAAUAACGAUGGCAGAAACUAUGGACUGGUUUCAAUGUCUUGGCAACAAAAAAACACAUGGAAUUCCUCAAACAAGGGAAAUAAACCGAACGAAUCUAGAAAGUUAGGCAGGAAAACACAAGACAAGGAAGUAAAUAAAUGUAAAAGUCCGCUCCAGUUCAGUGGCAUUUUCCCAAACUGGCAGAGUUGGGGGCACAUUGCAACCAGUGGCCCAUACUGGUGACUUAAGCUGACAUAAAUAUCUACCUGUGUGUUGAAAGGAUUUAGCAAUGAUAUUUCUCUCAUUGUGACAACAGAAGAAGAUUAAUGUUCUCCUAAAAGAAGAUCUUAAUUUGAUUUACCUGCUGAUUACUUUACUAGACCUAGAUCAGCUGUCUAUGAGCAGAUUAAAAAGGGAACGGAGGCUGGUUGAAAUGGUCACAUAAAGUGAACCUUGUUUCUUUCAGAGGCAGCAUGUCGCUGCAUGUUUUAUUCUUUUAAGUAAAGCGUGUGUGAUGACCUCUUUCCUGAAGAGGUAGACCACUAAGGGGUCUGGAGUAAAGACUAUAACAUCUUUGUUGGUUCAUUGCAUAAAAUGUGCCUUUGUCUUAAGUGUGCUAAAAUAAUUUCUUGUGAAACUGCUGCCAUUGUGCACUAUAAAAAAAUAAUACGAAGUCAAAAUCAAGUGUGAUGAUUUAAAGAGGAUAUGUCUUAAGACCUGUGUCUCACAAGCCAAUUUUCAGUUGAAGAUUCAUUUGUGGAAGAGAUUAACCUGUUGGUAUGCAACCAGUGAGAUUGUCCUUCAUAUUGAAGGGGUAAACUUGAACUGGUUACACAUUUUUAGAAGGGAAAUAAAAGACAGAAAUUGUAAUAUUUAUCAUAUUUAAUGUGUAGUACGUGAAUAAAUCUGCCUUAAAAUAAAUCCCGCUUUGAUCAUUUUUAUCAAGCUUUUUAUCUGCAAGAUGCGUGUACUUUUAGGUGGCUCUUUUUUUUAUUAAUGUUUGUGUUGUACGUGUUGGCAAUUUAAUGUGCUGAAUUUGAUGCAACUGAAUGCAAUAAGCUAAACAAAUGGCCUGAUAAAGGCUUAUGUGCCUUAAGAUCUGCUAAGCAAAUGCCAUUUGUAAAGUAAGUGGUGUCUUUUAUUGGGUAAUUUUAUGUUUUAAGUGCAAUCCAGAGAAUAUGAAUGGAAUUGGUUGCGAUGUCAUAUUUGAAUCCGAUGUAAAAAAAAAUAAAAAAUAAGAAUGGCUGUAUUUUAUUAAAGAAAGAGUGGAUGUCUGGGUAAAUGAGUAUUUGUAUUUGGUGUGAUUUGUCUACAAUAAAAUAAAACUUCAUAUUUU